AUGGACACCAGAAAGAACAACAAGGCCGCUGAGCCCAGUCACAUACACCCCCAACCCUUCAUCUCCAUCUCCCUCUCCUUCUCCAGCGGCAGCCAUACCCGUUGGGCCAGAAGCAGCAGGAGGAGGCAGCCGCAGGAGUCAGUCAAUCUCUGCCUGCUGACUUUGACUUCUGGAACCCAAAUUGCCGGCGUCCAGGAAAAGACUCCUCCCCAUGGACGACUGGCCAUUUGCCUCCCCACCGCUGAAUCGUCCAAGCCGUUGUCUCAGAAGCUUCCAUUCAUGCUCUCGAUGCAUGUGCCUGUCAUGUCUGUCAUGCCUGCUCCCCCCCCCCCCGACUUCGUCUUGUCGCCGCGCACAGACGCUCGAAUGGAGCCCGAGGGCUUGCGGACCGACGCCAGGGAUGCAGGGGUCAGACACGCCAUCCCAUCGGGUAACUAG